UCUGCAGUAUAUCCUCCCUAAUGGAUUAUAAGAAAUUUCAGCCUGAGCUGAAUGAUACCGAAGUGGAUGACCUUGAGAAUGGUAAUGAGACCUCCCAUACUAGAAGUGACCCUGGUAUUGAAGAGAGCACAGCUAAAGAAGCAACAAAAGUUAUCCUGAUGCAGACUAAUGGGCAAAGACAAGAGUUUGAAUGCAGCUUUGAAACAACUAAAAUUAAAGAGGUGACCAACAAAGUAUUCAAACAGGAAAUAGCCAAUGGGAAAUAAGGUCAAUAUUCUCUUUGCUGGGAAAAUAUUGGAUAGUGAAAAGACACUCACUGAGUGCAAAGUCGAGAAUAAAUUUGUUCUUCAUGUCAUAUUUAAAAAUAUAAACAGAACACCCCAGGUCUGUGAUGAAGAAGAUCAUAAAAAUGUAGUAGAUGAUGAGAAUGAAGGUGAACUAGACCAAAUCCGAAACUACGCACGAUUCUCUGAGUUCUUACAAAGAGCUGCUGUCAUCCAGCAGCAAAUUAAUGAUGAUAGAAAUAUGAAUAAUCCAAGAUUCCCGAAUAGGCCACGUACUGAUAACCAGAGUAUUUUUGAUAGAGCAAGACCCAACUCAUACAUGGAGGAGGACGAGGGUAGUAAAUGAAUGAAGGAAGUGCUUGUUGGCCUCUUUGUGGGCUUCGUAUUUCAUUGGAUAGGGAUCCUAAUAAUGUGAUUCUGCAACUGCCCACCUCGGACAAGAAGCUGUAUCUUCAUUGGUUUCGUAAUCAGAUUACUUCUACAAGCAUCACAUGGAGGUCCAUCAUAAUAUCUUCAUCCUCAAAGAUAAUUUCAAUAGUU